GCGGGCCGGGGCCCCGGGCGGGCGGCGCGAGGGCGGGGGCCGGGCGCGCGGCUGAUGAAACCGGCGCCGGAUCCCGCCCGCCUGGCGCCCCAUUCACUCCGCGCGGGCAGGUGUGAGCUGCGGAUCCAGCCGGGCAGGCGGGGCACGCGGGCAGCCGGCACUCCUGACCUCCGCUCCGCUCCGCUCCGGGCCGAGCGUCCGCCAGUCCGUGCGUCCGUCCGUCCGUCCACCCGCAGUCCUGCCCGCAUCCCGCCGCCCACCGCCGCCCGCUCGGAGUCUGAAGCCCCCAUCAGAGCCCUCCUGAGACGUCUUGGCUGCCAGGCCCCAGCAAUUCUCUUUGAGAAGGUGAUAAGGCCUCACAUUCUAUUCCAGACGUGAACAGCACAAUGGGGUGCAAAGUUCUGCUUCGUCUUGGUCACCAGAUGCUGCGGCGGAAGGUGGUGGACUGCAGCCGGGAGGAGAGCCGGCUGUCCCGCUGCUUGAACACCUUCGACCUGGUGGCCCUUGGCGUGGGCAGCACGCUGGGCGCUGGUGUCUACGUCUUGGCCGGAGCCGUGGCCCGUGAGGACGCCGGCCCUGCCAUCGUCAUCUCCUUCCUGAUCGCCGCGCUGGCCUCUGUGCUGGCCGGCCUGUGCUAUGGCGAGUUUGGCGCUCGGGUCCCCAAGACAGGUUCGGCCUACCUCUACAGCUACGUGACUGUCGGGGAGCUCUGGGCCUUCAUCACUGGCUGGAAUUUGAUCCUGUCCUACAUCAUCGGUACGUCAAGUGUAGCCAGAGCCUGGAGUGCGACCUUUGACGAGCUGAUAGGCAAGCCUAUUGGGGAGUUCUCACGGAAGCACAUGGCCCUGAAUGCCCCCGGCGUGCUGGCCGAAAACCCGGACAUAUUCGCUGUGAUUAUCAUUCUCAUCUUAACAGGACUUUUAACUCUUGGAGUGAAGGAGUCAGCCAUGGUCAACAAAAUUUUCACUUGUGUCAAUGUUCUGGUCCUGGGCUUCAUAAUGGUGUCAGGAUUUGUGAAAGGAUCCAUUCGAAACUGGCAUUGCACCCCGGAGGAAAUCCAGAAUGCAUCCUGCCAUCCCUGUCAGAACAAUGACACAAAAGAAGGGAAAGUUGAUAUGGGUGGAUUCAUGCCCUUUGGAUUCUCUGGCGUCCUGUCAGGGGCAGCGACCUGCUUCUAUGCCUUCGUGGGCUUUGACUGCAUCGCCACCACAGGUGAAGAAGUCAAGAACCCGCAGAAGGCCAUCCCUGUGGGCAUCGUGGCGUCCCUCCUGAUUUGCUUCAUUGCGUACUUCGGGGUGUCAGCCGCCCUCACGCUCAUGAUGCCCUACUUCUGCCUGGACAUAGACAGCCCCCUGCCCGACGCCUUCAAGCACGUGGGCUGGGAGGGCGCUAAGUACGCCGUGGCCGUCGGCUCCCUUUGCGCACUUUCCACCAGUCUUCUAGGUUCCAUGUUUCCCAUGCCGCGAGUUAUCUACGCCAUGGCUGAGGAUGGACUGCUGUUUAAAUUUUUAGCCAAAAUCAACGAUAGGACCAAAACCCCAAUCAUCGCCACACUGACGUCAGGUGCCAUUGCUGCUGUGAUGGCCUUUCUCUUUGACCUGAAGGACUUGGUGGACCUCAUGUCCAUUGGCACUCUCCUGGCUUACUCUUUGGUGGCUGCCUGUGUUUUAGUCUUACGGUAUCAGCCAGAACAGCCUAACCUAGUGUACCAGAUGGCCAGAACCACUGACGAGCUAGAUCACGUCGACCAGAAUGAACUGGUGAGCACCAGUGAUUCCCAGACAGGCUUUUUACCAGAAGCAGAGAAGUUUUCUUUGAAAACCAUACUGUCACCCAAAAACAUGGAGCCUUCCAAGUUGUCUGGGCUAAUUGCGAACAUUUCGGCCGGCCUCAUAGCUAUUCUUAUCAUCACUUUGUGCAUGGUGGCUGUGCUUGGAAGGGAGGCUCUGAGCAAUGGGGAGCCAUGGGCGAUCUCUGUGGUGGCAGGAUCUGCUGUCCUCUGUGCGAUGGUCACGGGCAUCAUCUGGAGGCAGCCCGAGAGCAAAACCAAGCUCUCGUUCAAGGUCCCCUUCUUGCCGGUGCUCCCUGUCCUGAGCAUCUUUGUGAAUAUCUAUCUCAUGAUGCAGCUGGACCAGGGCACGUGGGUCCGGUUUGCAGUGUGGAUGCUCAUAGGCUUUGUCAUCUACUUCGGCUAUGGGCUGUGGCACAGCGAGGAGGCGUCCCUGGCCACUGACCAGGCAAGGACUCCUGACGGCAAUUUGGACCACUGCAAGUGACAUGCAGCCCCGCUGGCCAGAGUUGGUGGCAGCUCCGAAGGAUGUCUCCAGAGGACCUGGCAGCACCUCACUCUAUCCACCAGUGUAACAGGAACCACCCACGUCCACGACACCCCCAGUGCCACCAAAGGUGCAGCUAACUGAACUGCAGCCGCAGCCAGCGCCUGAGCCUCCUCCAGACAGCUCCCUGGCCAGGGCCACAUGGCUGUGGUUGGCCGUAUAUCUCCUCACUUCCCUCUGAACAAAGAAAACAGCCCUCUCCUCGCCAGCCGGCACCUUGCUGCUGCAGCCCCAGGCAGAGGGGAGGUCACCUUGCCUCCCUCCCUGGCGACUGCUCUGGUAUUGCAGACCUACAUACUCCAGACCUUCAGUAGCCAUUUCCCCCUUAGCCCCAAACAGCUGGCCAUAGAUGCAAGAUGAGUACCACAAAACAGUAUGUCCCAGCAGUGCUGCCCCCGAGCCCAGUGACAGCAGUUCAUCAGAAGAGGAACAGGGCUGUUUGACUUUCCCCACCCCCGCCCUCUAAGUUGCUUCCGGAUGGGGUUGUUAGGACUGGGCAUCUCUCCGCAGUGCCCUCUGAGCAGGUUUGCGCUGGCACCGCUACAGACCCCUCCCACCGCAGGCUGCAAGACUGAGGGGAGGUGGUUCGUCCCAGGCACAAAAGACAGGAGGCUCCCGGGGGGAACGAAGGCUUGUCAGGGGAGGGCUGGCCGUGCCUGCGCGCAUGCCCAUAGACCAGGGGACAUUCUCCAGUCCCGUUCCCCGGAGGCCAGGAGCAGUUCCUGCUGCUUCUGGCACCUGUCACUGCUGGCCAUGUGUCCUGAGUAACUGGAAUACGAGACUGUAUGUAUUCACGUAGGACUAUCCUCAGAAGAGUUUCAAACUCUGUCUUCUGUGGGUCUUUACCAUUCACUAAGUCUUGCCCUCUGGUGCUUACGCAUCAGUCUUUUGGGUCUUAUAAGGUUCUCAAAGCAGGUGGCAGCUCAGUCUGCGGUUGACCCUUCUGCCCCCUGACAUGGUCUGUCUGAAUCCUCCUGUUAGUUGUUGUGAAUCACUCCACCAGAUUAAGUUGGGGCUUAACCUUAACUUGGAAAAUGGCCAAAUAAUGACUGCAUACCAUUGGCCCGAGGGUCAGGGUGUGCGGUCUGCAUGGGAGGCAACUUGGAGUCCUGUUGCUCUUGUGUUUCUGUGGUCCAAAGGCUGCAGAGACCUCAGUGUCCUUCUGUGGCUCCUGUCUGCACCCUGCACUCCGUCCCCUCCUCUGCAGCUGGGUGGGGCCCGGGACCAACACCAUUUUCACACACUCCUUGUAGAUUGAAGCCUGCGGGAAGGAAGCUGAUGGAGCCUCACUUCCAUUCAGAGUGUCACUGGGGAGCCCACAGGGCCUGCAUUGGCCACGUGUGAGGGAGGCCAGCAUUUUAGACGCCACAGAGAAGUGACCGCUGCUUUUGAAGCUUAGACUCCUGUUUCUUUCCUGCCUGGCCGUUGAUGCAAAUCCGCUAGAAAGAAACUCGAUCAAUUGAUGGCACUUGUUUUUCCCUUCUGUUCCAGGAGGUUCUUGGAGAGAUGCAGGCGUUAGUGAAACUGGCCUGAGGGUUUGGCUCAGUGGCAGAACUCUUGCCCAGCAUGCGUGAGGCCCUGGGUUUGAGCCCCAGCACCACACACAAAAAAAUUAGAAACAAUUAAUGAAGCAGCUAAAAGACCAGGUCAGCCAAUGGACCCAGUGGCCAAGGGCUGGGCAUUUGUGCCCAGUUCUGACCACUUGCUGGAAGCUUUAUUCCAAAUAGCAUCUGUGAAUGAACCAGAGCGAGUAUCCUAAGACCCUGAGAGUUGGGUUUCCAAAGAAAGGUAUUUAAGUUUAUGUAGAUUGGUGCUGUAAAAUAUUUUGAUAAAUAUUAACUUAUUUUGUUGGGGGUUUUAGUUGUCUGUUGUCUUCUUAGGACCUCUUAGGUAUUUGUUUGCCUGAUUUUUUUUUUCCCUGUUAUUUUUUCCAUAUAGGCAAAGAGAAUGUACAGGAAUGAGGGUGAGCAAUGAGGUGGUAGGGAGAAGACAUUCUUUUUUCUUUUAACUACUUUUCUGGCUGAAAUUUUUGUGUAAGACAGUGUCCAAUGGUCUGUGCCAGUUGACGUGUCAGCCGGCAGCCUGUAUCAGUCAUCUGUCUACACGGUGGAGAGGGGUAUUUUGGGGUUUGAUCGUCCACAGUCUCCCAUCACAGGGACAUGCUGACAACUGCAGAUUUAUCCUCCUUUCCACAAUCAGAUACUUGGGUGCCACACAGUAGCUCACAGGGACCGGGCGGUGGGGGGAUUGUGGUGCCCCUGUACCCUCUCCCUUGUUGGAGGAAAAACUUCUCUGUCAGAAGAGGACACAUAGGAUGACUUGCAUGAAUAAUAGUUCAUUGCUUUUAUUAAGAUUGUGUGCAUUUGCCAGGGGACUUUCAUGUGUGACAGAGGCAGUGAUAUAUGCAGUGGUAUUUGGACUUUUCCUUAUAACAUCCCUCAUUCCUUCCCCUGAAAUUAAAAAAAAAAAAAAAAAAAAAGAGGGAGAAAGAACCAAUAGUUUCACAUCUCUUAACCCCUGUCCAAAUAAGAAUACCAUUCUCAGUUUCAGGACUUGGGCGGUAUUUACCUACAGUCAGGACUUGCUUACAUUCUAAAGACACACCCAUCCUGCAGAAUACUCUGUCCUCUCUUAUUGUGCACCAGUCCCAGAUAGUCACUUUGGAAAGACGCAUUUUUAAUGAGUAAGCACCCUUCCUUGUACCAGGCGCAAAUUCAUGAAGAAGCCAAUGGUGGGAACCCACAGGAAUUCUGCAGAAGAGUAGGGGUGAGGGGUGACUCCCAAGCAGGGUGGGAGACCCCGGUGAUGGGGUGGGACAACAGCUAGCUCCUGAGUGUCCCCAUAGUGGGGAGGAGACGAGAGAAAGGGACUCAGUCUGCACACAUGCCCAUAAUCCCUGUCCACGCCCUGAGGCAGACAUUUGUGGGUUGGACACACUGUUUCAAUCCGAGAGGGAAAACUGGUGUACUCCCCUCUCCUGGGCCAUCUCAGAAAGCCGCUAAACUUGCAUUGUUAGAAGUGCUCAGAGCUAUCCCCACUUUGGGGUUUGGUUUUUGCAAAAGCAGAAACUCUUUCCAUUGGUUCCCUUUUCUCUAUCUGGCAGUCGGUCACCUAGUCCCAAGUGCUGAAGCAGUGGUUUGGGCACCACAGGUCACUCCCCUGCCUGUGGCCUCACCCACCUUCCUGACCAAGGCCCUGUGCACCCCUCCUGCACCCUUGGCAUGCCGCGCAGGGUCGCGGAGAAGACCUGCAGCCUGCCCUGCGCCUCGCUGCACUUCAUGCAGGAGCUGGGAGCCUCCUAACGUGGUGAGGCUUGGAGACAGCUGGGAGUGCUGGACAGGAGACUGGGUUCCUGGGGCAAGUGUGGACAUGCCCCGCAGAGGCCCCACCAGCCUUCCAGGCAAGGACCUGCAUUGCUAGACACACAGGGCUGGCGCUGGAGUGUUCCUGGCUCCCCACGGGGCCUGCCUUGUCUGACUUGAAUGUGUUGUGUUUACUGACACUUUUCUUGCUAAUAGGAGCUGACAGUUCUGUUGGCACCGAAGAGCCAACGCCAUAAGUAAGGACACCAAGUGUCAGGGCACCCGUCCUCGGGUGUGUUGAUGGAGGGUGGAGGAGGGUGUUCAGAUCCACACUCUGGUGAGCUGAACUCCCAGGACGGGAGUUGCUGGGCAGAGGAUGUGUGGUGCUUGUGCGAAACUGUUACAGAGUUCAAGUUCAGAUGGAACGGAGUAUAUGGUGUGUAGAAUUGUGCGUGAUUCAAACCCCAUCUGUUUGCUGUCAAAACGAGUGUCUACGUGAGGCUCCCAAGGGAGAAGGACAUCUUGUCAGACUCUGCGGGGAGUCAUGAGAUGCUUCACUGAGGCAGGGGUGCAAGAUGCUGCACUCCAGGUGACGUGAUGGUUAUGGUGCCUCAUGGAUUCUUACGACAAAAAGUCACCCAGCUUUCAUCUUCGUCACUCUAAUCCAGAGCCUAUUUGUGCCCAUUGCUUCAUUGAACCACAGGCUCUCUUCCCAGAGGGACCUGGCGGGGCCAAGGGGCUCUGGGCACAGUCACCAAGGAGCCCUCCAGGACUGUCCUGUUAACAGUUGAACUGCCUGCCGGUUGAAAACCCACGUGAGACGAGAGACCUUGUUCAAGCGGAUGUUCUCAGGGUAUUGAUGUGUCCAGCAGGGUCAGGGAGCAGGGCUGGGAAGACACAUUCAGACUUUGUUAAUUUAUUAACAAGGUAUAUAAUUUCGUGUUUCUUGAUGACAAACUUUUUCAGUUUGGGGACUUAUUUUCCCAUUUGAGAAGUUAUAUAUUUAAGAUACAUUUCCUGCUUCCGUUGUGCCUUUCAGCUUCAAUGGGUUUAAGGAUCACAAAGGGUCAUGAUACUAAUGAGGGUUGGUUUAUUAUCAAACCUGAAUAGCUGUGGUUUCUCCAGUAAGUUCUUCUCUUCUACUGAAUAUGGAGCCAUUACAAAAGAGUUGUGUGUUUUUUAUUAUGUAAAUUGUAUGAUAUUUUUUGCUUGUUUGAUGUUCUAUUUUUCUAAUAGUUUUCUUAUAGUUUCUUAUAAUGGUGAUAUUAGAUUUAGAUUCUGAUGCAAACUGCAAAUCAGGUUGGUCUCUGCUGGGCCCCUCCUGUUUUCUUAUUAUAUUUUAUUUUAUUUUAUUUUAUUUUAUUUUAUUUUAAGGACAAGUGCAGGUGUCAUCUAUCACCUUUAGAAAAAAUGUGAAACUGCUCUGUUUUUUCUUUUUGCUGACUACACUGUACAUUGACAACUUCCUACCAUACUUUAUGUUGUAAAAUCAAACUAUUUUGUGGUACAUUAUCUCAUGCUUCUGCAAAUUCUAAUAAAAUUCUGUCUAUGGCUUCUA